AUGACGUACCUGCAAAAAGCGACUGUGCUGCUCUUCUUGGCUUUAUCAGUAUCAGGUAAGUCCUCCAAGUGAAAAUCCUCAUUCCUACAAAGCAAAAUAAAAUCUACAAAAUUUAAUAAUUAUCAUAAUUAGUAAUUCUGUAUAAAAUAAUGUCUAUUUAACUUGUGAUUUUUGUAUUUCCACUGUUUUAAAGAGACAUUCGCUGGAAGAAUCAUUGGAGGUCAUGAGGUUAAACCGUACACAAAUCCAUACCAGGCAUCCCUGCAGUAUAAGAACAGGAGACACUACUGUGGCGGAACGUUGGUGCACCCUCAAUGGGUGGUGUCUGCUGCCCACUGCUGGAGACCGUGAGUAUUACAUCGGACAGUAACAGUUAUUAAGAUAAAAGUACAGAUUUAAUGCCCUAAAAUUUCUCUGAUAUAAUUAGAAAAAUAGUACAAUAUUUGAUUUAAUAAAAGAAAACACUCUUGUACACAUACCUUGAAUAUGUACUUGUUAUCAUGUAAGUUUAUACACGAUAACAGUUGAAUACAAACAGGGUUUCUACACAGCUAAGAGUUUGAAUUACCAUUUAUUGUAUUUUAAAACUCACUUUCUAAGUCCCAUAUUUCUGUUUUUCAGGAGCAAUCUGGUCCAAGUGGUGCUGAGUGAACACAACCUGAAGAAAAAUGAAGGAUUUGAGCAGGUUUUCAACGUUUCAGACAUAUAUGUACACAGCUACAACAGCAAGACGUUCAACAACGACAUCAUGCUCCUCAAGGUAGGCAGAAGGUCAAAUAUGGUCCCCUGAGUUUAUGACACAUGCAGACAAAAUUCACCAUUAAAUAGUAAGGAUAUUUUAGUGAUGUAGAGUCAGGGGCCACAGACGGAAACUCAAAUGUGCCUUAUGUGUGUUACAGCUGAGUAGACCAGCACAGCUCAAUGCCAACGUCCAGCCGGCUCGUCUCCCAGAUCAGAGCACUCCACCGCUUUAUAACGACGUCUGCACAGUGAGUGGCUGGGGUGUGACGAAGCUGUACAGUUACACCCUGUCCCCUGUGCUCCGUGCCGUGGAUGUGAGGAUAAUCCCUUACUGCCAUUAUUAUUACUACUGGCGGAUGAUCACUUCAAACAUGCUGUGCGCCGGAUCUCGAUUCGGUGGAAAGGAUUCCUGUCAGGUACAGACUUUUUAUUCCUCUCCAGAUGUGCUGAAGAUUCGGAAAUUCACCAGUUUGGUUCUCUGGGUCAAUAAUUGAUUAGAUUUAAAUAAACCAUAGACUAGAGUCAGAAGAUGAAGGUGAACGGUACGUGCUGGGCUUCCCAUGACCGUGGCGUACCAUCUUACCAAGCUCAAACAUUCAAAAUGGGCUCACAGACUUAGUUAGCAGGGCAAAUAUCUGACAAAUGAAUACUUUAAGAAUUGAAUGUAACUCACAAAAUAAUCCUGAUGGGCUGAUAAUAUAGUUUACUUAGCUUAAAGAUGUGUAGUUUAUCCAAUAUCCCCAGGAACAUUUGUCCAAACGGCAAAAACAGAACUAAAAUAGCCGAUGGGUUUAUUAACUAGCUUUGGUGUCAACUAGCAUACUUCCAUACUUUGCUGUAAACUUAUAUUUCUGUUGAGUUAGACUUUAUAAUAUGGGGCCUAAUGGGGUUUAACUCAGUCUUGAAGCUUGCCUCAAGUGGCCACUGGAGGUACUGCAGCUUCACUGGUUUAAUGUCUCGAGAGUCGAGGUUGUAACUUGGUUUAAACACCUUUUAUCCUUUUAAUUCUGAGUGCUCUCAUAUCCACCCAAGACUGGAAUUUAUAAGAUUAACCAUCAUGUCUGAUGUUUCCUGUUGAUCCACAGGGCGACUCUGGUGGUCCCCUUAUCUGCAACGGCUACUUUGAGGGCAUCGUCUCCUGGGGUAUCAGCUGUGCGAACCCGUACUUCCCUGGAGUCUACACCAAAGUGAGGAGUUACGUCAACUGGAUCAACUGGAUCAUCGCGAAUAAAACAACCUAA